ACAAAUUGUGCAGCGCACUUUGGCAGGGCAACCUCGACAUGUGAAUUGUGAAUGCCGCCCUGUCCUCUAAAUAAGCAGCUUUUCUUCGGGUCCCCACUUUUUUUUUGCUCUUUUCCUUCGCCUUCUUUCUAUUUCCUGAUACAGAACAACCGACCAUGUUGAGAAACGCUGCUCGCUCCUUUGGCUUGGCUGCUCGUGCUAUGCCCAAGAGAUCCUUCGCCCACUCUGCCAUUGCGCGUAACGCGAUUCCCGGUUCGCUUCAGACAUUCACCGAUGAAGAACUCAUGCUCAAGGAUGCUGUGUCAAAGUUUGCCAAUGAUGUCGUCAAGCCCAAAGUGCUGCAGAUGGAUGAGACUGAAGUGAUGGAUAAGUCUGUUGUCCAGGGUCUCUUCGAUCAGGGUCUUAUGGGUGUAGAAACCGAAGCCGAAUACGAUGGCUCCAACUGCUCGUUCACCUCUGCCAUCAUUGUGAUUGAAGAAUUGGCCAAGAUUGACCCCUCUGUCUCUGUCAUGUGCGAUGUCCAAAACACCCUUGUCGGUACCUUGGUUCGCAAGUACGGUAAUAAAGAUGUCAAGAAGCGCUUCUUGCCUCGCUUGGCCACCGAUACUGUCGGUUGCUUCUGUCUUUCUGAAGCCGGCUCUGGUUCCGAUGCGUUUGCUUUGCAGACCCGUGCUGUUGACAACGGCGACCACUAUGUCUUGAAUGGUUCCAAGAUGUGGAUCACUAACUCGGGCGAAGCUGAUAUCUUUUUGGUCUUUGCCAACUUGGAUCCUUCCAAGGGCUACAAGGGCAUCACCUGCUUUGUCGUCGAAAAGGAAAUGGGCGUUGAAAUCGCCAAGAAGGAAAGCAAGUUGGGUAUCCGUGCCUCGUCUACCUGCGUAUUGAAUUUUGAUGAUGUCAAGGUUCCCAAGGAGAAUGUGUUGGGUGAGAUCGGUAAGGGUUACAAGUACGCCAUCGAAAUCCUCAAUGAAGGCCGUAUCGGUAUCGCCGCACAAAUGCUGGGUAUCGCUCAAGGUGCCUAUGACAUUGCCUUGCCCUACCUGUUCCAGCGCAAGCAGUUCAACACCAACAUUGGCGACUUCCAGGGCAUGCAGCACCAGUAUGCUCAAAUUGCCUUGGAAAUUGAGGCUGCUCGCUUGUUGACCUACAAUGCUGCUCGCAUGAAGGAAGAAGGCCGUACCUUCAUCAAAGAAGCCGCCAUGGCCAAGCUGUACGCUUCGCAGGUCGCUGAAAAGGCUGCCAGCAAGGCUAUCGAAUGGUGUGGUGGUGUUGGUUUCACUCGUGAACUUGGUGUUGAAAAGUUCUAUCGUGAUGCUAAGAUUGGUGCUAUUUACGAAGGCACCAGCAACAUCCAGCUUCAAACCAUUGCCAAGCUGGUCUCUUCCCAGUACAAGUAAACGCUUUCUCUGCAAACCCAAGUUGUAUCUAGUACAUCACCCCGCCAUUAAUUUUUUUGUAUAGAUGUGUGUAUGUUGUAACAGUCUACUUCUUCCACACCCGCCUAUCUUUUGUAUUUCUAUACCGUGUACCUUUCACACCCCCUCUGCCAAUUUCACUAUUACAGUACAAGAACAUGAUUUUUUGACUCAAAAGCAAAAAGAAAAGUAGUAUAUAUAGCUCAUAUGCUAGCAACUUACUUUCGC